UGACAUUUGACAGUGGUAAGAUACAAUGUAUAUGAUAGGUUAUGUUUAGAAUAGAUAGAAUAAACAAUGUAUUUUAUUUUAAUUUAUUAGUUACUUACACAUGUAUGUCAAUUAUCAAUUUUCAUUAAUAUCUGCGUAUAUAUUUAAAUAUUAAAAGCAACAAAGACUUGGGUUCUAGUACAUUUCAAUUUAAAAUAAAAUGCAACACAUAGCUGUAACAUGGAGACGAUUGUCUAGCCAUGUGAGAACAAGCGCUGCCUUUUCAAGAUUCCAAGGAGUAGUGAAAGUGGCUUUUAGUGAUAAAUACUUACUUUAUACAAAUAUUACAAUUUCACUGACACUAUCAUCUGUUGGUGAUGGUAUGGAACAAAUGUACGAACUGUAUACUGGUGAUUUAAAGGAGUAUAAUCCCCAACGGACUAUGCAAAUGGCGUUUUCUGGUAUAGGAGUUGGUAUUUUAUGUCAUCACUGGUACAAAGUACUAGAUAGGUUUAUUAUAGGUAAAUCAUUUGACAUGGUAGUGAAAAAACUUAUGCUUGACCAACUUAUAUUUUCACCUAUUAUGAUUAUAACAUUCUUUGGUAGUUUAGCCUUACUGGAAAAGGAUCCAUGGACAAAUUUUCAGGAUGAGGUCAAAGACAAGUUUACUACUUUGUACAAAGCUGAAUGGAUGGUGUGGCCACCUGCUCAAAUUAUCAACUUUUAUUUUUUACCAACCAGAUACAGAGUUUUGUAUGACAACACAAUUUCUUUAGGGUAUGAUGUAUACACAUCUCAAGUUAAGCACAAUAAGUCGUUAAAAACUGUAACUAAAGAUGUAAUGUCAUGAUCUAGUCCAAUAGUAAGUAAAUUAUUCCUAUUUUUAUGGCAAUUUUAUGUAAAUAAAUACGAGUAUUAGCAUAAUAAAGUCAAUUACCUUAAAAUAUAAAUACCUAUUUAAGAAAACAGUGUAAGUAGGUACUUAACUCUACAUUCUAUAGAUAGCAAUAUGCACAUGCAGUUUAACUGCAGCAAAUGUACCAUAAAUAUAAUUAUGAUAAUUGUUCUGAUGAUAAUUAUUAUAAAUUGUUGUUUACAUUGUUACCAAAA